AUGUCGCCGCGGCGACAGGAGAACAGGAGGCAGGUGAGCGUCAAGGCGGAGCUCGAUCCCUUGAUCACGCUCAAGGUGCUUGACCAGGAAGGUCGCAGGGCCUUCCACACCAUCAGGAUGAGCGACAAACCACAGGGCGUCAUGGAUGCCUAUUACAAGAAGGCGGGCGACGACGUGACCUACGGCACCGGGACCUUCAUGUUCGAUGGCUCCGUCCGGGUGCAGGGCCACAACACGCCGGCGCAGCUCGAUCUAGAUGAUGAAGAUGAGAUCGAGUUCUUCUUCUUCCUGACCAUGAUUGGCGGCGGAUGGGUUGAUGCUUGCGUUUAA